CCCAUUUAGGGCUGUUGGCUGUGAAGACAUGCGAGGAAGAAAUCCAUAGGCUGGGCGAGAUUUUAGGGCGAUGGGGAUCCGACAAAGGCGCCUCUGCUUCCGUUUCCCAUCUCUUCGAUUGGUUUGGUUUGCCGGAACUUGUCAUUUCCCUUUGUUGUCGUCGAUCGGUUGCAGGGAAAAAGCGCAAUUUUUUACGUUAAUAGUUUGAUUUUGUUUUCCUAUCCAAAUUUGAUCGUCUUCUCCGCUUUUCCCUCGGUUCUGUUCAGCGCGAAAAUGAAGAAAAAGAGCCACCUGCGGUGCGGAAAGCUCCACCGCAAGACUAUCGACGAGAAAUGAACCGACAAAACCACGACUCAGCCACCGGUGCUCGUGAUUCCCGCAUCAGGGUGGCAUCUUGAUCCGGUUCCGCGACCCCCACGGCGUCUUUCCUCUGGGGUUCGACGGGCUCGGGCUUCUGUUCUCGAUCUUGAGGGGAUUCGGUCAUUUGUUCCCGGUUCCCGUGCCCUUCGACCCAGAAAGGCGGCAGCUUUCGAUACGGUCUUCCGAGAUUCUUGAGUUUGGUUCCGCGUUGAGUUGGGGAUUUUCUGGAUUGAACGGCGUUCUUGCAGAAUUCGGGAAGGGAGUUCGAUUAUUUUUGCAAUUGCAGAGGGGAAAUCGGUGCGUUCCUGGAGAUUUGGGGGCAGACGUGUUUGCAGUUGCAAUUCCCAGAAUGGACGCACCAUACUAUGGGUCAAUGCACACGGAAAUGAGGUAGAGGUUGUCCUAGAUUUCUGCUUAUGGGCUGCCUUUGUUCCAAAGGUAUCGAACUUGAUGAGGAUGGCGUGGCAGAGGAAAGCAAGUCCUCGAGUCGUCUCGUCACACUCCCGAAGAAAGACGAGGUCGUGGCUGCCAUCAUCAAUGUCGCACUCAGCGGAAGCCAUGGCAGUUCAAGAUUCUUGUCUAAGACACCGGACGAUGCAGACUCCACCUCGUUGUCAUCGUCCGAUGAUGAAGAGAAGAAAGCAGACACAGUCGCUGACAGGGUGACGAAAGUUGGGGCGCAUCAGAGACGGGCUACGGUGGAUGUCGGGGCACGUAGAGAUGGUUCUGAAGUUAUCGGUGUUGCCAAUAACUCAGGAGACGAUAUGGGAAUCGUGGAUGUGCCCGAUGGUAUUACAGGAGAGUAUGUUGCAGCAGGGUGGCCUUCUUGGCUUGCGACGGUGGCCGGAGAAGCAAUCAAGGGGUGGUUGCCUAGGAGAGGAGAUUCAUUUGAGAAACUAGACAAGAUUGGAGAAGGAACUUAUAGUCAUGUUUUCAGAGCCCGCGAUCUUGAGACCGGUAAAAUCGUUGCGCUCAAGAAAGUGCGAUUUGUUAAUAUGGACCCUGAAAGCGUCCGCUUUAUGGCAAGGGAAAUCCAUAUUCUUCGUAAACUCGAUCACCCAAAUGUUAUAAAGCUUGAAGGUAUAGUUACAUCACGGAUGUCAUGCAACCUGUAUCUUGUCUUUGAGUACAUGGAGCAUGAUCUUGCUGGACUUUUAGCUAGGUCAGGUCCCAGGUUUACUCAACCACAGGUUAAGUGCUAUAUGAGACAGCUGCUUGAAGGGCUUGCUCACUGUCAUGGUCGCGGGGUUUUGCAUCGAGACAUUAAGGGUUCAAAUCUGUUGAUAGACAACAAUGGCAUGCUCAGAAUAGCAGAUUUUGGCCUCGCAACACUGUUCAAUCCUGACCAGAAUCAGCAGCUAACAAGUCGUGUGGUGACCUUGUGGUAUAGGCCUCCUGAGCUUUUGCUUGGUGCUACAGAGUAUGACGCUGCCGUUGAUUUAUGGAGCUCUGGUUGCAUUCUUGCAGAAUUGUUUGCCGGGAAACCAAUCAUGCCUGGAAGAACUGAGGUGGAACAACUGCACAAGAUAUUUAAACUCUGCGGUUCACCAUCAGAUGAGUACUGGGAGAAAUCAAAGCUGCCACAUGCAACCAUAUUCAAACCUCAGAAUCAGUAUAGACGCUGCUUUGCUGAGACAUUCAAGGAUUUCCCACCUUCAGCUUUAUCUCUCUUGGAUUCUCUUCUUGCUAUAGAACCAGCAAACCGAGGAACUGCAGCAUCAGCCCUCGAGAGUGAAUUCUUCUUGACAAAGCCAUUUGCCUGCGACCCUUCAAAUUUGCCAAAAUAUCCACCAAGCAAGGAGUAUGAUGCUAAACUUCAGGAUGAGGCUAGGAGGCAAAGAGCAGAAGUUGCCAGGGGACGUGGAUGUGAAUCUGUCAGACCGGGAAGAAUAGAUUCCAAAGCAAUGGCAGCAUCAGGUGCCAAUGCAGAACUGCAGACGCGGCAGGUGCAGGCAAAUCCCAAAAGCAUCAGCGAGAAGUACGACCCACAAGAUGAAACUGGGUCUGGAUUCCCCAUCGAGCCUGCUGUAGAAACGGCAAGAAAUGGCCUCUCUCAUACCGGCAUGCACCCUAGAGCACUUGAACCCUCAUGGACCAGGAAACCGAACCAGGAACAGCUCCGGCAAGUCCCCAGCCGCACAUCCAGCUCGGUGUGGGUGCCGAACGGCCCUCACCUGAAGCCACAGAUGUCAUGCAGGCCUCAGCCCGGUGCUGCAGACUUCUCCGACAUCUCCGGCUCGCUCGCCGCAAGAAACGCUGCAAAGUCCCGACGUAAUCGCCUCGACGUGGCUGAGCCCGCCCAGAAGCACGCGCUCGAUAGGAAAGACGACCCAGUAGGCAUCAAAGAUCCGGCACCAGGUUACGGCACCAGAAUCAAACGGAUCCACUACUCGGGUCCGUUGAUGCCCCCAGGUGGGAACAUCGAAGACAUGCUCAAGGAACACGAGAGGCAGAUCCAGCAAGCGGUCCGCAAGUCCCGCAUCGACAAAGUCAAGGCCAACUUCUGA